GUGGGUCCUUCCAGGGGGUGACAUUCAGCCGGCCGUUCGAGUGCACGGACUUUCCAUCCUAGAACCAUGGCCCAGUUUGUCCGUAACCUCGCAGAGAAGGCCCCGGCGCUGGUAAACGCUGCUGUGACUUACUCGAAGCCUCGAUUGGCCACAUUUUGGCAUUAUGCCAAGGUUAAGCUGGUUCCUCCAACCCCUGCUGAGAUCCCUACAGCUAUUCAGAGCUUGAAAAAAAUAGUCAGUAGUGCUCAAACUGGUAGCUUCAAACAGCUCACAGUUAAGGAAGCUCUGCUGAAUGGUUUGGUGGCCACUGAGGUGUGGAUGUGGUUUUAUGUUGGCGAGAUCAUAGGCAAGCGUGGCAUCAUUGGCUAUAACGUUUGAAGACCACUCAUUAACAUCUGUUUCUUUUGGGUUUAUUGUUUGAAUGUUCUUGGGCCAUGUGUGAUCAGACUGGUAUUUGAAUAAAAUAUGUCAAAAUCAAUAUUUUCUAUAUCAAACACUGCAUUUUCUCUUGACAUUCAGUUGGAUUUUCUUUUACUUUAGUGAUGUUAAUAUAGCUCUAAAUGCAUGUUUUUGCUUAGCCUGAAAUUGGAAAGGAUAUAUGUGUAUAUACCAACCUGUUAAAAUAUGUAUGAGGGUAACAUUUUAAUUUGAAGGUUGGAAAUAAUGUUUACUUCCAGAAAAGUUGGGGGAAAGGCCUUGAGAAAACUAGAACUUACUACAGUAGGAGAAUAGUAAUACCAUGUACCAAAGUUAAAUCAUGUCAAUAGUAUAAAGAAUAAAAUUUGGAUGGUUUCUCUUUGCUAAAAUCAAAGAAAGACCUUUUUGACAACAUCUAUGUGUAUAAAUGUUGAGAUACUUGCUAGUAUUCUGUGUAUCUUUAUAACAUCUUUAAUGCCAGGACAGUGAAUACGUGCCAUGACUCAAUUUUUUAUCUAAUUUUGAUAUGUGUAUUAUUUAGCUACUUUUAUGAUUUUUAGAACCUAUCUUUGCAAAAAUAAAACACCCUAUGGAUAUUUAAACAGGGUUAUAACUCAGUAUUAUCCAUGGGUCUAAAAAGCCUAUUAUGUCCUGAAAUAAAUACAGAGGGUACCAAAAAUAUGUAUACACAUUUUAAGAAAGGAAAAAACUAUUAAAAUUGUAAUAUAUACCGAAAACAAAAAAUGAAUACAAGUCAUGUGUAUACAUUAUUUUGGCACCCCCAGUAGAAUUGAUUGGUUAUCAUUCUGUCUUGAGCCAUUUUAUUGAGGAUCUAGGAGAGACUUAAUCAUUCAUUGGCUUUUCUGGGGGUCUUCCCAUCUUUGAAUGCUUCAUUGGUCCUUUCUGAAUCCACUGUAACUCUUGGAGCCACUGUAAAACAUUCAAUACCAGUUGAUGAUAACCAGAAGAUGAUAGCAUAUUAGAAAAGCACCAUGGCUCACAAUGUAGUAUUAAUCCUUUAAUAGUAUUGUACAUUUAUCCAGUCAAUCCCAAAUUUACCCAGUGCAUUUAGAAUACUGAUGCUUUAGCUUAAUAAAGGGCACAGCUUUUCUAAGUGAUAGGCAAGAAGGAGUCUCCAUAGAGACUGCUGCUCUUCUGAAAUACGAAGUCAUGCCAACACUGCUGCAGUAAACAGGUGGUCAAAAUUGAAACUCUCGUCCAAAAGCAUUUGGUAACUUAAAAUAUGCACAGCAGACUGAAAAUAUACAACAACAAUGGUGAUCUUCAUGAGUUUAUGUCUUUGAUGCAGUGAAUAUUAAUAUUAACCAAAAAGAAUUUUUAAUUUAUGAUAUGUAAUGUUAUUUUUUUUCACCACAUGGUCACCCCAGAAAGUUCUCAAAAUAAACACUUACUACUCA